UAAGUCGCCACUCGGUUUCCAUUAACGUCGCGACGCCGUCGACGGGUUAAGGGCCAAUAUUAAGGGUCGAAACGUUCCCAAGUUUUCCUAGAUAAAGUAUAUAUAUAUACGCGGGCGCGCCAAUCACUUUAAACCAAUUGACUCUCUAACCUUCGCCGGAGUCGUUUAAACCGCGCUGAUCGUUUCAAUUAAAAACGGCCGGGAAGCUCGAAGACGGCGCAAGUAUUUCUCUGCGAUUAAUUUCGUGUGCCGUUUGACGACAAAACGCGAUGUCUGUUUCGCUCGUAGUUGAAUUUCGCGAUCGUAAUAAGUGAAUAACGCGCGUCGCUCGGACCUGAAGGUGAACGAAAAUGGCUCGAAACGGAGUCUUGUUGGUUUUCAUAGGUGCUUUGUUUGCAAGAGUCGAUUGUCUGAAAAUUACGAACCUUUACGUGCCAAGGAAUGCGGCUCACGACGCACACCUGGACUGUCAUUAUGAUCUUGAAGGGGACACGCUCUACGACGUCAAAUGGUACAAAGACGACAAGCAGUUCUUCAGAUGUAUUGCUGACGGAACUGUCCAAGAAUUUUUUGUCGACGGGGUAUCCAUCUACUAUUCGAAUUACGUUGCCAAGGGUACCUGCCCCGUAACUUUGACGGGUUUGACGGCUUCCUCCACGGGGGAGUACAAGUGCGAGGUGACGUCGGACGCACCGAUGUUCAAGUCUGACUCUGCGUUCAAGAUUUUGAAAGUUUCGGUGCGUGGGUCUACGGCGAAAAAAACUGAAAUGGACAACGAAAUCGAGAGAAACAGCAGUAUAGAAAAAUACAUGGAUUUUCGCAACGGGGCCGGCGCGCCGUCUCUUAUUUAUUAUUGUAAUGUUUUCUUGGUUACUUUAUUAAUUAUAAAUUAUACUUCAGUUUUUUAAAGCUAGUAUUCCGUUCAUUCCCGGCAAUUCCGUAUUGAGGGUGAUGGGUUUCCAACAAAUGAACGGAAUCCGCAGUUUUUUUAAAUUUAUAUUACAACGAUCGACAUUACGCCAAAUGCGACAUAUUAUCUCAGCGUACUUUGGACUCUACUUUGUUUGAAAGCCGCCAUUUAACUAUUUUGUCAUCUACGUCGGCAAUUCUAUUUGCGAUGAAGUUACACUGGCUGAUUAGGGCAUCAUUUUCUUUUCGUAGUUUCUUUACGGUGUACUUUAUCUCAUCCAGUUUCUCCUCAUUUUUUUUCAAGUAUUGGAGAACUUCCCUUUUGAACAUACUUUACAAUUAAUGUCUUGGUGCGGGUGCUUAAUAAGUAGGGUAUUAUUUUAUUUGACACGAUCUCGAUUUAAAAAUCGGCUCAAUCCAAUGUUAAAAACCUAUAUUCAACAUUCACACACUGAUACCAAACGAUAUUGCACGAUGUACGUAUAAAGUGCCCACUUAUAUAUAAGAUAACGAACUUCAAAUAACCCACGCUAUCGUCUUCGGUAACGAACAUAAAAGAAUUGAAAAGUUCGGGGAAGUACCCAAGGCAAUCAAAAGUGCCGUUUACUACGUCAUUCUUAAUGUAAAUUUUUUUGCCGCGAAAUUUAUUGCAUUAAAACAUAAGGUGGCGGCAUUAAUAUUCGAUCGUCCUGUACAAAUAAGGCA